GACAAUCUGAGGAAAGUUAGGAAAAACCCAAAUUACCUUUUUUCUUUUCUUUUUAACUCCACAAAGACAAAACUCCAUUUUUCACAUUUUCUCAUCAUUUCUUUAAGUUAAAAAUUCAAUAUUUUUCCUUUAAUCCCCACUCUUUAUUUCUUGAAAAUAGCUAAAAAUCCUUUAAAAAAUUCUGAUUUUUCCCAUUAGCUUCAGCUAUUUGCCAGUUAAUCCUUCUGUAUUUUCUGUUCAGCUGGAAAAUGGUGGGUUUUUGAGUACAAGGUGAAAUAAAAAAGAAAAAAAAAAUUCUUUUUGGGGUGAUUUUCUUGUCGAAAAUAUUUGAGUUAUGGAGGGAAGAGAGAAUAUGAGUAUGAGUGGAGUAACAGUAGUGGGAUCAGAUGCACCUUCAGAUUACCACGUGGCACCCAGAACCACCACUGAAUCAGCAGCUCAAAUGGUGGUUAUUUCACAAACUCCGGCCACUUCCACGGCGGCCGUCGCCGUCACCGGUGGCGGAGCUGGCGGCGGAGCAAUAAUGGUAGUGAAGAAGAAGAGGGGUAGACCAAGAAAGUAUGGACCAGAUGGGGCACUGUCACCUAAGCCGAUAUCGUCGGCGGGGCCCGCGCCGUCGCCGCUGAUUGAUUUUUCUGUGGAGAAACAACGGGGGAAAAUCCGGCCAGUUGGGUUGGUUAGUAAGCCUCAUAUGCCUAAGAUGGACGUUGAAAAUUCAGGUGAAUGGGUCUCAUGCUCUGUUGGUGCUAAUUUUACACCCCAUAUUAUCACCGUUAAUACCGGAGAGGUAAAUUACUAG